AGUUAUCUUUAUUUUUCGAGGGCAUUGGUGCAACUUGAGUCGAGUCGGAGUCUGCUUGAUCGAAAAGGUUUCUGGGUUUUGAUUAGAGUCGCCGAUUCAAUCCGAAAGUUCGUUCCUUUUCGAUUCUGUUGUUAUUAGGUUUCAAGUCUCAACCUUUUCAACAUUCCUCAGCAGUACGUAGCAGCAAGCAGGACAAGGCUGAGUUUCGAUGAGGGAAAACAACUAUAACCAUGUGGAUAAGAAGGCCAGGUUCGAAGUUGAGCAAGAGGAGAUGCUGCAGCAGUAUCAGGACCCCAGGGGAGAAGAAGAAGAUCCACAGUUGCAAGCUUUUCUUCACCAGCAGAGGCUGAUCAGGCAGCAACAGCAUCAGCAGACUCUUCAAUCCAUGUCACCGUAUCAGGUCAGACUCCUCCAACUUCAGCAACAGCAGCAGCAGCAGAUAAGACGGCAACUACAGCAGCAACAAGGCCCUCAUCAGAUCCAUUCUUUUGAAGAUGGCGUGUGUACUCAGAAAUUUAUGAUGUUCUUGUAUCACAUAAAGCAACGACCUGCUGAUAAUUGCAUUACCUUUUGGAGGGGAUUCGUGGCAGGUUACUUCUCACCUCGUGCAAAGCAAAGGUUGUGCUUGUCACACUACAAAAAAGGCAUGUUUCCACCGGCAGCUUCGGAUGUGUGGCAGUGUAAUCUCUGCGGUACCAAGUCUGGAAAAGGAGUUGAGGCAACUUACGAUGUGCUUGCCAGACUAUUUGAAGUCAAAUUUUCUAGUGGCAUCGUUGAUGAGCUCUUAUCUCUGGACUAUCCACGAGAAUACAGAGUUUCCAAUGGAAAGAUGGUAUUAGAAUAUAGAAAAGUAGUUCAACACACUGUAUAUGAGCAGUGUCGUGUUGUUCAUGAGGGCCCUCUUCGCAUCAUAUUCUCUCCAGAUUUAAAGAUACUGUCUUGGGAGUUUUGUGCUCGGCGUCAUGAAGAGUUUCUUGUCCGCAGAGUUAUUGCUCCGCAGGUGAACCAGUUGCUUGAUGUUACACAGAAAUUCCAGAGCACGAUCUCGGAAAGUGGGUCGUCAGAGGGAGUUUCUCAGAAGGAUUUACAAACAAACAGUAACAUAGUCUUGGGAGAAGGACGAAAGCUGGCAAAGGUCAUGGAACUAGAGUCUCUGAAUGAUCAUGGCUAUCCUAAAAAAUAUGUCAGAGCUCUACAGACAUAUGAAGUUCUCAAGAGCACGAAGGAUCUUAUGGAUUUCACAUUCGAGCACAAAAUCGGCCCUAUCGAGGGGUUGAAACGGCUUUCGGAACAGAGAGCAAGAAUGCAAGAGAUGGAGCAGUUAGGGAAUAAUGGAGCUAUGAUUGGGACGUCAGCUCAAGCUCACAUGAACGGCACAACUGGCAACAACUCCAACAAUCACUGUCAAAAUGUUGGUCGUGGAGCUAUGAAUGACUCAGCUCAAGCCGCUGCUUCUCUGAGCAACAACCAAAGCAUGUUUAUGAAUAACAUAUACUCAACUACGGGCACACAAGAGGGUUUCCCGAGUCAGCGUCAAACCCCUUACUCAAACCAGAGUCCAUAUUUGUCUCAACAGAGGCAGAACUUAGCAACAGGUGGGUUUCCCAGCUCUCCCGAGAUGCAACAGCAGCAGCGCACCAUGCAUGCCACUCCCAACACGCUUCAGCAGACUCAUUCUCAUCAUUUGCUGCAACCUCCACAUUCACAUGGUUUAGAUCAGGAGCUUCAGCAGAUGUUUGAAAACCUACCAAAUCUGCAACAGAAACAAGUCUUUUCAGGUCAAAGUGGCGGGAACAGUAAUGCAAAGAGAAAGCCAACUGCCUUCUCAAGAGGGGGCCGAGUCCCAAGCCGCAACAACAGUACUAAAACAGCCUCAAACAACAAUCCUCAUUUGUCAGGAGAUGCCACACAACUACCUGACGAUAUCUCAGAUGACAAAUUCUUAAACGACAGUGAUGAAUAGGGUAGCUCGUCGAACAGAACAGAGGCGUUGCUACUUUAACUUAACAAAGUGAAAGGUGGUUUUUACCUUUUUAGGCUUAGUUCUUCUCAUUUAGGUUGGUUUGUUGGUCCUUCUAUUGAAACCAAAGGGUCAUGACUAUGAGACAAGUGAAGGAAGUUGUAGCCUCUACAUCUUCAUUCUUUCCCCUUACAGUGACACUGAUGUAAUCUUAAACUACACCAGUUGUGUAUAUUUAUUCAUCAGUCAAAAGGGUUUUUA